UUAUUAACCAAAAUAAAAAUAGUUUAUCAACGACUCUUUUGUAGUAAUAUUGCAACUUGCGUAUGGCGGAUCAAAUUACUAUUAUAAAUAUAUAAAUUAGUAUACUUUUCAUUAAGUUCAUAGUGUGCCUAAAUGGCAGCCGAUAUGAGUGUCUUCGAUAAUCUUAAGGCACAACUGCCUGAUUAUGAUAACUACACUCACACCAAUCAGUAUACUGCUGCCAGUAUUACGUUCAGUCCUGGAGGAAUGAAAGGGCUGUAUGAUAUGACCAGGAGUUUUGUAGACAGCUUGCUACCGGCCAAUUUUUUAAGUGAAGAUUUGUUUAGCUGGGACGACGAUAACAAUCCAUCUCUAAAUACUAGCUACGCAGAUUUGGCAAUGCAAUAUGCAGGUUUGAUAGCAUUCUUCGGUUUUAUUCUUUUACUACUUGUAUUAAUACCGGUAUGUGGUUUAAUUUUUGCCUGUUGUCGAUGCUGUGGAUUGUGUGGAGCCAAAGCUAGAGUCAGCGAGAAGAAACAGGAUCUUUGCUUGAAGAUUAUUUUGGGUAUUUUGCUAGUAAUUUGCUGUGCAGUGCUGUUAUUUGGAAUUGCUAGUGCUUUCGCCACUACUCACAGAAUGAAGACGGGCGUCAAUCAGUUAAGAGAAAAUGGCAGAAAAGUCUACAACGAUAGCGUAGGGUAUAUUGAGGAUGUCAAGGAUCAUGUUCACUUUUUACUUGAAGCGGACUAUGAUAAGUUUAGUGGCACCUUUAAACAAACGUUGAAAGAUUCUACACAGGAUAUAUUAAAUAAUUUGCCUCUAUGGAACGAUGUUACGAUAAUAACGACUAUUUCUACAUUUGCUGAUAAAUUAACAUAUCUGAAAACCGACCUAGAUAAUUUGCAAAGGAAGACCGAUCAACUGAAAACAACAGGAAGCAGCUUAACCAGUGAAAUGGCGGACAUUCAAAAAGGUUUAAAAGAUACAUUAGAGAAGUGUGGUCCAUCUUGUGCUGAUGCAGAGAAAAUGGUCAAUGAUUUAAAAAUCAUAGAUGUAAAAGAUAUACCGGCAAUUCCAGACAUAUUUAAUGGCGUAAUCAUUGGAGAUAUACAAAAAGCAGCGACCUCUGCUAAUGAUCUGGUACAAAAAGUUCCAGAUACAAUCAAUUCUCAAAUCCAAACUGUUACGGCUCAAGUUGAUACAGAGAUAGAUAAGGCUGGAGCAACCAUAAAGGACAACACAAAAACCAUGGAUGAUCUCGUAGAUAAAGUAAAGGAGCAUAUGAAAAGUGUUUAUUCUUCUUUCGGCGACAGGAAUGAUUAUCUGGAAAAGUACUAUCCAUAUUUUUACUAUGUGGGAAUAGUAGUUUCGUGCGUUUUGCUUUUAAUCCUUGUGUUUCUAUUUUUUGGAUUAGUUUUUGGUUUGUUUGGCAAUAGACCCGAUAAGUACAAGAGUUAUUGCUGCAGUAAAGGUACGGGAAGUGUAUUCUUAAUGACUGCUGUUGCCCUGAUAUUCAUCAUAACCGUCAUUAUAUGUAUUAUGACGUUAGUAAUGUCGGUUGGUGGUAUAGCAGCAGAUCGGAUCAUUUGCUAUCCAUUAAGGAAUCCUGACAAAUCAUCUAUUAUUACUGUAAUCGAUAAGUACAUUGAUAAACAUAUUAAAGAUGACAAUGAGUUUUCUUUUAAUAUCACAACCAUUUUGGAUAAAUGUUAUAACAAUAAAAGUAUUUAUGAGGUGCUUGAUCUGAAAACGAAAUCACAAUUCGACAUCGAUAAAACGAUAGGCCAGUUUAACAUUACACAAAAUAUAGAUGACAUGGUGGAUAAAGUAGGCGAUGCAAUAGAUAAAAUAAAUUUUAACUUUUUGGAGGCUGACACCGAAGAAAAGUUGAACGAAUUGACUAAUAUCGAUGUUAAAGACUUACUCGCUGUCUUCGAAAAAAUGCAAGAUAUACUUAAGAACAAUAUUGUCGAUGUUGAUUUGAAAGAGUUAGUAGAUACGUUAAAUAAUAUCGCUGCUAACUUAAACAAUGUGGACCAAGAAUUAGCUGCUAAUCUUACAAACCAGAUAAAGGAUUUGGAAGACUUCAAUACUAAUAAACUAAAACCAUUCAUUGAAGAUAUUAACAUAAUUUUAGCUAUGGAAGAUAAUCUACAGAAAGAUUUGAAAAUGGGUUCUCAGAAUUUUCCUGAAGCUAUUCAGGAAUUCAUCGGACAGAUUGAGACGGCGCAAAAUAAAUUCACAAAUGACACAAAGGCCACAAUAGAUAUUUUUGAAGAGGGUGCACGCACAUUCGGUAAAUUAAUAGAGAAUCUUAUAAACGGAUACACAGGUAGAAUUUCAAGUGAAGUACAGAACGAACUGGGGAAAUGCACACCUUUAAACGUAGCAAUACAUGGUGGUCUUACAGCUUUCUGUGACAAAAUAGCUCUACCUUGGAACGGUUUUUGGACGUCUCUUUUUGUUUGUUUGGUAACGUUUGUACCAAUACUAAUCUUAUCGAUUUGGCUUGCAUCUAUAUAUAAGAGCUACAAAGAUGAUGGUCAACAUUUAAUUAGGGAACCUCAACAUCGAGGCAAAAAGAACAAAAAAGACAACUUCAAUGAUUAUUACAACAUGCCACCGAGAAACCACGAAAACCCGUUAGGUAAAAGUCAUAACGAUGACAAUCACAAUUACUACAAUUCCAGCGCACCAAACGAUAACAGGAAUUCGAGGUAUUAUGAUAUGGCUCCUAAGUUUAAUAGACAACAUGAAGCUUCGACGCGAUUCUAAACAAAGUUACUUUUUUUAAGUGAAAAAAGUGAAGAUAACAUUGGAACAAAUACCGAAACGUAGUAUUAUCAAUAUGAAAGUAUGAAAUUAUACGUAAACAAAGUAUUAUAUUAUAUUUUAAUAUUAGUAUAUGGUCGUAAUAAAGCUUUUAUAAUUUA